AUGAGAUCAGACACGUCCGAACGACCGCGCUGUCUACAGAAUACACGGACCGAAUAUUUGUCGAAAAUCAAGGAUUGGCUGCAUUCACCCUCGACGGAGACGAACAUUCUGUGGCUCAAUGGAAUCGCUGGGUCAGGAAAGAGCACCAUCGCGGCUUCCAUCAUGGACUAUUGCGAUUUAGAAUCGCGUCUGGCAGCAUUUAUUUUCUUCGAACGAAGAAAAUCAGAGCCUAAAUCCGUCAUCAAGACGAUUGCUUACCAGCUCGCAGCAUUCAAUUCGGAGCUUGCAAAGCGCAUUAUAUCCGCUGCGGAGCAGCUGAGGAAUAUUACUGGCUCCACGCUUAUGACACAGUUCGAGACGCUGCUUUUAGGACCACUCAGAGAUUCUGUCGAUGUUGUUGGAGAUCCGGUAAUCAUCAUACUCGAUGCUCUGGACGAAUGUGGCAGUACAGAGCAGCGACAAGAAAUCUUGAAACUGCUCAAAGACGACUUCGCACAGCUACCGGAGAAGUUCCGGUUCUUCAUCACGAGUCGACCGGAAAACGACAUCAUGACGUCUCUGUCACUGCGGCCGCACAUAUCCGAAAUCAAGCUUGAUCCUACUUUGGAUCAAAGUCGCAGUGACGUACAUGCGUACAUUAACGAUGCGAUACGCAACGCGGUGACGGAUCCCAUACCAGCAGGGUUUGUGUGUGAUAGUAACAUGGAGAUCCUCGGUGAUGCGGCAGGGGGCUUGUUCAUCUGGGCAUCGACAGUGGUCAAACUAGUCUCUAGAAGCGACGAUAAGGUAGAGAAGUUGGAGGAGCUUGUGGAAAACGCUCGGUCACUCGUUGGCCUAGAUAGCCUGUAUGGUACUGUGCUUGAGCAAUCGGGAAUCUCGUGGGAAGAGGAUAAAUCGGUGGAGCGAUUUAGGAAGAUCCUAGGACUAAUUCUUCUCGGAAAGCAACCUCUUUCGGACGAUGAUAUCGACAAACUCUCAGACCUUCAGCCGGGGAAGUCACAUCUCAUGCUGCGAAGACUGCAUUCUGUUCUCUCUUACGAGCCUGGAAAGCCCGUGCGACUUCAUCAUGCAUCAUUUGCUGACUAUCUUCUGUCACCCGAGCGCUCUGGUGAUCAGCGAUGGUUUGUUGAUACUAAUAUCCAGAGACAUACAAUCACCGUUAGAUGCUUCGACGUAAUGGAGCAGUUACUACAUUUUAAUAUGUGUAGCUUAGAGACGUCGUUCAUUUGCAACGAUAAGGUUCCCGAACUUGAGAAACUGAUUGCAAAGAAUAUACCAUUGCACCUCUCAUACGCUUGCAGGUUCUGGGCCGAGCAUCUUGGCGACAUACCGCAUUCUGCGGACGUUGUAAGGAAACUAACGGAUUUCGCAUACAAUUACAUGUUGUACUGGCUUGAGGUGCUGACUCUGACGAAGCAAUUCAAGCGUGUUGCUGGUCGAGCGCUUCUCGAUGCUAUCAUAUGGGCCUCGCUAAACAACGACCAGUUGUCGUCAUUUUUGUGGGAUGCGUACAGGCUAGCUGGUAUUUACGCCUCACCGGUUUCGCAAAGCACCCCCCAGAUCUAUCUCUCCAUGCUUUCUCUCUCGAAAGGCGAGUCGGAGGUAUCAAAACACUUCUCACAGACUCAUCCGGCUAUUGAAACAUAUCGAUCGGGAACUAAAGUGACGACUGCAUGCAUUAAGAACUUUAUUGGGCAUACGGGUCAGGUUAUAUCUGUCGGUUUCUCACCGGACGGGAAGCACGUUGUGUCCGGCUCAGACGAUUGGACGAUUCGGAUUUGGGAUGCUUCAAGUGGAGAGGCUAUCGCGGGCCCGUUUGAGGGGCACACAAGCUCGGUCAGGUCUGUCAGUUUCUCGCCAGACGGGAAGCACAUCGUCUCUGGCUCAUACGAUAAGACGAUUCGGAUUUGGGAUGCUUCAAGCGGGGAGGUUGUCGCGGGCCCGUUUGAAGGGCACACACACUCAGUCACGUCUGUCAGCUUUUCGCCAGACGGGAAGCGCGUCGUCUCUGGUUCAGGCGAUAAGACGAUUUGCAUUUGGGAUGCUUCAAGUGGGGAGGCUGCUGCGGGCCCGUUUGAAGGGCAUAUACACUCGGUCACGUCUGUUGGUUUCUCGCCAGACGGGAAGCACGUCGUCUCUGGCUCGGGAGAUUCCGCGAUUCGGAUUUUGGAUGCUUCAAGCGGGGAGGUUGUUGCGGGUCCAUUUGAAGGGCACACAAGCUUGGUCAUGUCUGUCAGUUUCUCGCCGGACGGGAAGCGCAUCGUCUCUGGCUCAUGCGAUGACACGAUCCGCAUUUGGGAUGCUGCAAGUGGGAAGGUUGUCGCGCGUCCGUUUGAAGGGCAUACAGACUGGGUCAGGUCUGUUGGUUUCUCGCCAGAUGGGAAGCGUGUCGUUGUUGCAUGCCCGUUUGUAGGGCACACAGAGUCGGUCACGUCUGUCAGUUUCUCGCUGGACGGGAAGCGCGUCGUCACUGGCUCACAUGAUUCGACAAUUCGGAUUUGGGAUGCUUCAAGCGGGGAAGUUGUCGCGGGCCCGUUUGAAGGGCAUGCAGACUUGGUCUGGUCUGUCGGUUUCUCGCCAGACGGUAAGCACGUUGUGUCUGGCUCGCACGAUCGCACGAUUCGUAUUUGGGAUCUUGACAGCUCAACUCUAAACAUGUCUGCUACUACCUCAAACUGGACUAUGUCUGAAGAUGGGUGGAUCCUAGGUAGACAAAGUGAAUUGCUUACAUGGGUCCCGCCCGAUUUGCGUCCAACCCUAUUUCGCCCUUGUAAUACAGCUGUUUUCAGCUGCCCGUUUGCCACAAGGAUAGACUUUUCAACCGCACCAAUAGGUACGAAAUGGGCAGAAGGGUUUGGCAAAAAGCAAUAG